ACAAUCAAAAAAGAUUACCUCCUUCAUCGAGGAUGUGACAGCCCUGGUUGGGUCUACGAGGACAGGGAUUCAGCAGCCCUUAAUUUUUGGCUGCGACGCUCUUACAUGGACUCUUAGUCUGAUAUAAAGACAACUCCUGGAACUGGACCUGAAAUCUCCUAUCAGUCACAGACUCCCACAGAGAAGAUGAAGACCAUAGUGAGGCUCCCCCUUCUGCUGUGUGCGGUUGGCUUGUGUGUGUAUAUGAGAGGGUACGUGUUGCAGGAACCUUUUCUGCAUCAAACCACCGGGGACUGUGAGAGCAAUUCAUCAGCAAAGGAUCCGUGGUUCAAUGAGCGUUUCAACAAAUCAGUUAAACUCUUUAUGUCUCCAAAUGACCGUCUACCAGAGCGAACCUUUCAGUGGUGGAGGCGCAUGCGGGGAGAAAAGGGUAACUUCAGUGUGUAUAAAGUGGCGGUGUCCGAGGCGUUUCAGGUCCUGCCUCACUCUCCUAACGUUCUGGAGCCGACCCCCCGGAGCUGCAGGAGUUGUGCUGUGGUCGGUAACUCUGUCAGCUUGAGGGGAUCACGUUAUGGACCUCUUAUAAACUUCCAGGAUCUUGUCUUUAGAAUUAAUGGUGGUAGGAUCAAAGGAUUUGAGGCGGACGUCGGGAACAAAACCACUCAUCACAUCAUGUUCCCUGAGAGUAUGCAGCACUUGGACAACACCACUCGUCUGGUCAUGUUUCCAUUCAAGACAGCUGAUAUCCGUUGGAUUGGGAAGGCCAUAUCCACAGGAUAUUACGGAACCCCACGCUUCAGAGCAAAGGUCAGAGCCAACAAGGAUUUGGCGAUGGUGGUCAACCCGGUCUUUAUGCAAUACGUCCAUGAAGCAUGGCUGGAAAAGAAGGGCCAUUAUCCUUCCACUGGAUUUAUGACUUUGGUUCUGGCCAUGCAUCUUUGUGAUGAGUUACACGUGUUUGGUUUUGGAGCAGAUGAAAAUGGAGACUGGAACCAUUACUGGUCCUUAAACGCUUGGAAGCUUAUCAAAACUGGAGGCCAUCCCGGAGCAUUUGAGUACCAAACCAUCGAGAAGCUGGGGGAGCAUCGAAUAAUCCGUUUUUAUCGUGGCUGGGGUCCUCAUGCUCUUCAUUUAAUGAACAAGGAGAGCAAAGUGUGAGGCUGAAGACAUGGGACUAAUUAUUCAUCAUCAGGGAUGUCAAAUGAGUCUUUCUAAGUUCUAAGUCGCAAUUAAUCAUACUUUUCAUUGAUGUUUGAAAUUCACAGUUUUUAUGCUUUUAUUUUGUAUUUUUGCUGGGGGUACUUUACUUGCUGUUUUAAUUGAACCCUGCUUUUAUUUUGAAAUAAAGUAAGGAACCAGAGUGACCACGCCCCUGUGUAGACAAAAACUGCCCUGAGAAUGUUUUGGUGGUAGAUUAGAAAACGUCAUAAAGGACAUAAGGAAAGGCGAUCGCGUUGCUCUGACAAUCCGACCACAUUUCCACUAGGCGACGUCAUUAAAUGCGACGGGCCGGCGGAGGUUAAUGACAUGGGUCCGCCGUGUUGAAACUAC